AUGUCCAAUCACAAAGCGUUUAACAUCUCGACUACAACACCGCCUGUGAGAGCGGUCGUUGACCUGGGCUACGAAAGGUCAGGCAUCGCGUUCCUGCUUGUGGUUCUACUAGGGUUCAUUGCCCACUUCCUGAAUGCCGUCAACAACGGCAUCAAUGUCAUCGUCUUCUUCAAGAUCGGCCUCGUAGACGUCCUGUUUGUGUCGUUAUUCGCCUUGUCCCUCUACGAUCUCUUCUUCACCAUCAUCGGCUCUAUCCACACAGACGGCAACAUCACCCUCUACAUCAUCUACCACAAGACGCUGUGGUCACGUAACCUCAUCCUCUGGUACACCAUCUCUUUCAAAGACUCCACUUUUCUCUUCGUGACCUACAUCACCAUACCCCACUGCUGUUUGGUGACCUUCCCCUUGCAGUUCAAAACAACCUUCACCUUCCGACGUACGUACUACUCCUUGUUCGGGAUCUCCAUUGUGAACUUGAUCCUUCACCUCCCCAUCCUCUGUACCCAAGGCUUGAUGUUCUGUGAAUCCCCGGAUGUCAAAACCACGCUGACAUUUCACAACCUCGUCUACCCUUACGUCUGCUAUCCCCUCAUCUUCAUCUGCUUCACAUUUUUCGCCACACAACUUGUUUCAUCCCCCAAGUUCCGUCAGCCUCUCAGAAACGCCGCGACCAAAACACCAUCAAAGUUAAACUUCUUGGUCGUCCGGAUAGUUAAAGCCAUGUUAGUGAUCUCUCUGUUCUAUCAUGUGAGUUGUGUCCCAUGUUAG